AUGGCUGGGCCACGCGCCCCCGACUCAAAUAGUCCCGGAGCGGUCCGCGAGCCAGAGCAGCGAGACGUCGGCUUCCAACCACAGCAUAUCCGGCGAUUCGAGAUCCUCAAAAGCACGGCCUUGGGAUUGGUUUACCCACAGAACCUCCAGCUAGAAGUGGUCGACGUCGGUGUCGACGUCGGUGGUUCCAGCGCCUUCAUAUCCACGUCCACGUUGUCUGCACCAGCACCACGACUUAUCACCAGUCAGCUGAAAUGGUGGAAGGUGUUGGCCAUGCUUCCACCAUCGUUCGCCAUCUAUCAGUCUCACCCAGACCUGGACCUCGGCUACCAGGACCAGUACCAUAAGCAGCAGCAUGAGCAGUACCAACAGCAGCAUGCAAGCGAGAUCACGAGACUACAGUGUAACGAGAGUUUUAACCCCUAUCCUCUCGCUCAGAUCAAGUACCGGGGCUGGGAAGGCAUCAGCCAUCUCGACAUCGACAUGACCGUGUUCAACUUGACACCAGCCAUGCACUUCGACCGCACGCUGCACUCGUCGCUCGACGACCAGUCCGACACCGACUCCGACACCGACAUGCGCACUCGCUUGACCAUCAGACGAGUCGGCGCCAAGCGUCAAUAUUGCAUGACGUGCGCCAGCCGACCCAGCACACAUUCCGGUUCAAGAUACACGUGGCGCAGCCGACCGAAAAGGGAGAUCCUGGCCCUUCCUGGCGUAGACGACGGCCACGCCGCCGCAAACGGCAAUCUGUGCCUCGAAGACGCCGACGGCCACAUUGUCGCCGUGUACAAGCAGCGGCGCGACUACCGGGUUCUGGGGGCCUUGACCAUCUUUUCUCAAUCCCACCCACGUUCUAGGGUGCAUCACUCGAACUCGGCCGACGAGGAUAGCUGCAGGGGAGAGACAGUCGCUGUCGCUGAUGAACAUGACCCCGUGGCUGUGGCUCCCGAUGAACAUGCUCCCGUGGUUGUGGCUCCCGCAGUCACCGUCGUCGCCGUCGUGGCUAGCUGUCUCGCCAUUGUGCUGUAUGAGCGGAUCGGCUGCCUGGGUCUGUUUGGGGAUUAG